CCUCCGGCCUCACUUGUCGCACGUUCUAGGGGGAUGCAGGUUCUGACCAACUCUCUUUCCCCAGGGGACUAUGAAGAUGAAUCUUGGUUCUUGGCUUCAUAGGCGUGCAAGGCCACUUUGGAACCUCUUUGCUUUGCAUUCCCCUGGCUAGUAACACGGUCUGGCCUACCACUCUUGGUGAAUGCACCGAUCUGUGUUAAUCUUUCUUAUUACUAGACUUUUGUCUUUCUUCUUUUCUCUCUUCACCUGAUGCUUAACACUCCACCUUGACUUCCACCACUACACCUUCCUACCUUACCAUCCUUCCAUUACCAAGUACUAUUCUGGCUCUCUCUACACACCUCCGUCAACCCAAGCAAGCGAAACGCGCCCACGAUGACGACGUCUGUCUCCUCUACCCCCAGAACCAAGCGCGUUGAAUUCGCCGAACCCCUCACCUCCUCACCCCGCCGAUCCUACACCAACGCGAUCACUAGCAAAGAUGUAACCGAAGCGAUCACCCACACCCCCAUGAAGGACAGUGCCAUGGUUAAGGACAUGGCAUAUAGUGCCUCUGACCUUCUCCACGCUCUCCACGAAAAAACCGUCGACGACAUCCUCUCCGAUGAAGCCAGUCAACAUUCCUCACGGUUCGACGACUACAGCCAAACCUCCGACCACAAUCAUACUCCGGACUACAGUCGUAGCCCAGACUGGUCGCAUGGGUCGCAGCGACAGUCGCCGACAGCGCGGCAGCUAAGCUCGCCGGACUGGGCGCUGGGCAAGCGGAUCAUACCUGACUACCGGUCGGAUUCUGAGUCGGGAGAUGACUCCACGUCUGAGUCAGGAUCUGCGGUGAGCUUUGAACCUGGGUUCGAGUCUGCAGCACAAUCUCGAUCCGAAACCAAACCAAACUCAAAUUCGGAGCCCAUCAUGUUGCCUCCCGAUAGUCCUAAGCAGAGCGCCCUGCACCCCGACAUCGAAUCCAUAGACCUUCUCAAGUCACCUUCACCGUCGGUUUCACCGGACCCUGGAUCCUACUCUACUGCGCGCGAGCACACAGGGAGCCAAGAUGCGGAUGACGAUACUAGCGAGUUCGAAUUUGACUCUGAGUGGGAGGAAGAUUAUCAUCAGUUUCCAUCCGUGAGCCGGCCGCAGGUGAGAGAGCUUGGUUUCGCGCUGUGUAGGAGCGACUUCAUGCGCAGAGGCAUUUAUCCAGUGAAGAGAGCCGCGAAACGCGCGUUCGUUGAUUAUGCCUCGCAGAAGGCGGUCGAAAUCGGGAUGACGGAGUGGGAAUUUGAACGGAUGAUGAGGGCUUUAAGAGGUGUCUAUCUGCUCCAGUGGGGCGCAAAGAGUGGUGAUGACUCAAAGGUGAUCCCGGAAACAGGAUCCAAGCCAGAGUCUGAUGAUGGACAAGAGAAGGAUCCGGUCGGCCCAAGAGACUCACCAGUUGUGAUAAGUGAGAGCCAGCAAGCGGCCUCCGGACCUAAGUCCGUUGAGUCACUACCCGGUGCCGUUCUCGCAGAUGACCAGGGAGAGGAUGUGGUUCUUGGUACCAGACAGGACGAGCCGAAACCCAAAAAUAUGGCGGCGUCAGUGUUUGAAUCACUUCAGAGGUUGGACUUUGCAUCAGCGGAUGAGUCAGGGAAAGGCUCGGCGAAGUCGAUUGAUAAAUCACGCCCUUCCUCGCCCAAAGAGAAUAAUACGGCAGCACCAAUUGAUGUUGAUUUAACAGCAGCAUCCCCGGCUACAGGUAAGUCUCCCACAAUGGGCACAGAACAGACCGACCGGAAAAAAAGGCCGAGCGGCGAGGGUCUUGCAGAAAAAUCGACGAAGAAGAUGAAGGCGCCUGUCGAUGACUCGUCUAUUGGUCGAAAAAAGCGGAAGCAGGACGAGAGCCCUCUGCUAUCCAAGGACCAACCAGGCCAUGCAAGUCAUUCCGACAAGUCUAAAAGAAGGAAGAAGACACGCUCUUCGUCUGAAAGUCAUGCCUCUUCGAAUCCAGCUUCAACGCCACCUGUGCAGCUGAACGGAGAUGGGAAGGCGACAAAGGAUAAGGCAACGAACUCAGCAAAGACAAAAUCUUUGCAGAGCAAGAAGGCCUAUAAACUUGCAGAUGAUGGCCUCGAAUAUGUCGGACAGUUGACUGCCGAGCCAAAGCGGAAUCCCAGAAUGGCUAGUACGGCCCAGCAGCCCAAGAAAACCAUCACCACUUCCAAGUCAAUGCAACCAAAGAAUACUAUCGAGAGUGUCAUACCCAAGGAGUCUACAAAUCAGCAGCCAAUUCAGACUGCCAGAUCCUGGAAUUUAAAUCAGUCCAAUGGCACCCAGAAGGCCGGAGGCUCCAAAAUCACUGCAAGACCUGCGCAAGCAAGGGAAUUUGAGAAAAGCGGCAACCUUAAGAAAGCCAGUACAGCCAAAGGACAUCUGAACGACCGUGACACUGCUGUGCUUAUUGAUUUGACGGACCCCGAAAAGGGGAAACAUGCCAACAAGGCAAAGGAUCCCAAUCUUCAUAAGCCUGGAACGCCUGCGAUGACCAAAGGAUCUAAGCUAGCCACACUCGAAGGGCAAAUCUCUGAUAUCCAAGCUCAGAUCCAGCAUCAAGGUUUGCUCAAAGCGAAGCAGGCGGCAACAAGACGGGCGAACCCGAACAA